CUCCAUCAAAAGGACUGCUCCACACAUUCAGGGAACACCCACCAACAAAACCCAUCUCCACAACCACCAGAUUAUCUCACCAGCAAGUGAGACUGCAAGGUUUGGGGGCUUGGCUGUACCACUCCGCGCGGCGCAUGGGGGGGUUCGUGCCCAUUUGGCUGCGACUGACCGUUUCCCCUCGCUUGGUUUUGCCCCUGCUCCCCCCGCGCAGGCACCCACAGUGCGUCAGGCCGGCGCUUUAUAGCGGCAGACUGGGCGGCUCCGCUCGCUGUUUUUCCUCUUCUCUGGGUCGUGGUUCCUUUCAAGGUUCGCGAAGAUGCAGCUUAAACCGAUGGAGAUUAACCCCGAGAUGCUGAACAAAGUGCUGACCCGGCUGGGGGUUACCGGCCAGUGGCGCUUCGCGGACGUGCUGGGACUGGAGGAGGAGACUCUGGGCUCGGUGCCAGCGCCUGCCUGCGCCCUGCUGCUGCUCUUUCCCCUCACCGCCCAGCAUGAGAACUUCAGGAAAAAACAGAUUGAAGAACUGAAGGGACAGGAAGUCAGCCCUAAGGUGUACUUCAUGAAGCAGACCAUUGGGAACUCCUGUGGCACCAUCGGGCUUAUCCAUGCAGUGGCCAAUAAUCAGGACAAACUGGAGUUUGAGGAUGGGUCAGUUCUGAAACAGUUUCUUUCUGAAACGGAGAAGUUGUCCCCUGAAGACAGAGCAAAAUGCUUUGAAAAGAAUGAGGCUAUCCAGGCAGCUCAUGAUGCUGUGGCACAGGAGGGCCAGUGUCGGGUAGAUGACAAAGUGAACUUUCACUUCAUUCUGUUUAACAACGUGGAUGGCCACCUCUAUGAACUUGAUGGACGGAUGCCUUUUCCAGUGAAUCAUGGCACCAGUUCUGAGGACUCACUGCUGCAGGACGCCGCCAAGGUCUGCAGAGAAUUCACUGAGCGUGAGCAAGGGGAAGUCCGCUUCUCUGCUGUGGCCCUCUGCAAGGCAGCCUAAUGCCCCGUGGAGGGGACUGGCUCUCUCCCUGCGUCCCUUCAUCGUGAAAGUAUACCCCUACCUGCGCGGUCCAGAAGCUUCAGUCCUCCCAGAGCACAGCUCUCCUCCUUCCGUUCUGCAGAUAAGCGCCUGCCCUCAGCCACGCCCACGCGCUCAGCUGUCAUUGAGCAGUUUGGUGUCAGCCUCAGACGGCGAAGCGAGCCCCUCGUGUGUGUCGUACCUCAGUAUCUAACGCUUUAAUGGCUCCUUUGGUUUGUGUCUGUAAGUUAGGGCCUUGGAUGUGGUCUAAUUGUUCUUAAAAGGAAUAAAACUUUUCUGCUGAUAA